AAUUAUCGCAUGCUUCGCCAAUUGCAUAGUCAAGUGGGAAUUCCUAAAUAGACGAAGUGCAAAUUGGCAAAUAGAUAAAUUUAUCUAAAAUUCCCAAAUAUUAUCAUCGUUUAUCAUAAUAAAUCAGAAAUUUGCCAAUUUUUUCUUGGAAAAUUCGAGCAGAUAUAAAAAUAGCUGGUUUACACAUUGGAUAUUGGCAGCUUUGAAAACAAGUUCUUAAAACUGACCACGUCACAACACCUGAAAGCAGACGUGCGCACCACUGCAUAUCUCAACCACUAGAAACUGCACGGCGGUACAAAUACCAACAUAAGCCAUGAGUUCAAAAGUAACCUUUAAAAUUACACUAACAUCGGACCCCAAGCUUCCAUUUAAGGUGCUUAGUGUACCAGAAGGUACGCCCUUCACAGCAGUGCUGAAAUUUGCUGCUGAAGAAUUUAAAGUGCCAGCGGCAACAAGUGCCAUAAUUACAGACGACGGAAUUGGCAUCAGCCCACAACAGACAGCAGGCAAUGUUUUUUUGAAACACGGAUCAGAGUUGCGAUUGAUUCCUAGAGACCGUGUCGGCAGUAGACACGGAAUGUGAUUUAACAAUAAUAAAAGCGUAUCCUUUUAUAUGAAAAAAUUCCAGUAGAUGCAGUCAGCGUUGAUAAAAUUACAAACUAAACUAAACAAAAAAUAAAAAACUGAAAAAGAA